GUUGUGUACUUUUGAGCAUCGAAUUGACCAACCACAGACUGGCUUAACAAUGGGCUAUUAUUCGUAUUACUCUCUUGGUUUCCCUUCGUUCGUCGUGGUCGUUGUUGCUUUAUAUCUCUUGUUCACCAAUUCAGGGGAAGCCUUCAACGUUGGACGGUUCCUCGAAGAAACAAGUCCUUUCGUGUGGGGUGCACUUGGAAUCGGCCUCUGCAUAGGUCUGAGCGUUUUGGGAGCUGCAUGGGGCAUCUUUCUGACUGGGCCGUCGAUACUGGGCGGGGGCGUAAGGGCACCGAGGAUCAGCACAAAGAACCUGAUCAGUAUUAUCUUCUGCGAGGUCGUCGCAAUUUAUGGUGUGAUUAUGGGCAUUGUUUACUCCGCUAAGUUGCAGAGCGUCCCCGAAGCUCAGCUAUACACUCGCAACAACUUUUAUACCGGCUACGCGCUAUUCUUUGGUGGCCUCACAGUUGGUCUGUGCAACCUUUUCUGCGGCCUCUGCGUUGGUAUUGCUGGUAGUUCAGCGGCUCUCGCUGAUGCCGCCGAUCCCGGGCUUUUCGUCAAGGUCCUUGUGAUAGAGGUCUUUGGCAGCGUGUUAGGUUUGUUUGGACUCAUCGUGGGCUUACUGAUGAUCGGAAACGCAAACGAGUUUGCUGCAGGUGCUCCAGCUUCUUCACCCCUUGCGCGAGCCCUCGCAUCCCCAUACGUGCAUUAACAGUUCGUUGAGUACUUAGCACAUGGAUAGAAUGACUCAAUGGAUUUCUCACGCUCUCCUACGUUCA